AUGACGGCGAUCUACGACCCCACAACCGCCAAACGAACAGCAUGCACAGUACUUCAACUAGACAGAUGCCAAGUCACUGGCCACAAGCGAAGAGAUUCUCAUGGUUAUUGGGCCGUGCAAGUUGGAAGUGGGACGAAGGAAGCACGCAAUGUGUCUAGAGCGGAGAGGGGCAACUACGCUGCACAGGGCGUGCCUAUCAAACGACAUGUUGCGGAGUUCCGUGUGAAGGACGCCGAAGGCCUACCUGAGCUUGGAAGUAUUAUCACAGCAGAUCUGUUUCAGGAGGGGCAGUUCGUAGAUACCAGGGCAGUGUCGAGAGGUGGUAUGAAGCGAUGGGGCUGGGCCGGCCAACCGGCUUCGCACGGUAAUUCGCUCGCACAUCGUGUGAUGGGUUCAAGUGGUGGUGGACAGGGCAGUGGUUCCAGAGUGCAUCCUGGCAAGCAUAUGGCUGGACGUAUGGGAGGCGAGAUGCAUACAGUGCAGAGCCUGAAAGUUCUGCGAGUUGAUCGAGAGAAUGGCAUAGUUGUGGUGCACGGCGCAGUCCCAGGGCCCAAGAAGGGCAUUGUGAAGAUACAGGAUGCGGUGAAGAAGAGCUGGCCGGAAGUUGAGUUGGCGGUUGGUGUCUCGACGAUUGGAAGCACGGCUCAGAAGCUCGAGGCGGCACCUGCUUGA